AUAUUUACAAAAGAGCUAGCCAGCAUAUAUGCAGAAAGGGAUUAACUACCUCAUAAAAAAGAUGAACUCCAUUUUGUGUCUUGCUGCAUUUUUAGCCUUGUUUUCAUUUUCUUCUACGAUCACUGCAGAAAAGUUCUUUAACAUUAAAGAUUAUGGCGCCGUAGCGGGUGACAAGGGCGGCGCUACUCAGGCUUUAUUGAAAGCAUGGGCGGAGGCUUGUGCAACAAAAGGACCUACCAGAGUUGUGAUCCCACAUGCUAGGUACAAUUUAAAACAAGUAGUUUUGGCUGGUCCUUGCCAGGGCCAUAUGACAUUACAGAUCAAAGGAACCCUAGUAGCCCCAUCAAACCCUAAGGAUAUUAAAGCUGAUGGUUGGCUUAAAUUCACGCAUCUUGAUGGGUUAACUAUUCUUAACGGUACUUUGGAUGGUCAAGGAAAAGCUGCUUGGACUACGCAAAAUUGUGGAACUCAUGCCAGUUGCCCCAACUUUCCCAUGAAUUUGAGGCUGGACUGGGUUCAGAAUGCCCUAAUUGAAAGUUUAGUUUCAAAAGACAGCAAGAAUUUUCACAUCAACCUGAUCAGUACAGUAAACGUAACCCUAAACCACGUGACAAUCUCCGCACCCGGAGACAGUCCUAACACAGACGGAAUUCACUUGGCACGAUCAAGCAAAGUGAAGAUUCUUAGCACAAAGAUCGGAACCGGUGACGAUUGUAUCUCUAUCGGCGAUGGUAGCCAAGACAUUACAGUCAAAGGUGUAACAUGCGGACCUGGUCAUGGAAUCAGUAUCGGAAGCUUAGGAAAGUUCGACAAUGAAGCCCCGGUGAAGGGCGUCCGUAUUUCGAAAUGUACCCUAGAAAAUACCACUAACGGUAUCAGAAUUAAAUCUUGGCCUGGAAUGAAGAAGGGAGCAGCUUCUGAUAUUCAUUUCACCGAUAUCAACAUGAAAAAUGUCAGCUUUCCUGUUCUUAUUGAUCAGUUGUACUGUCCAUGGGGUAACUGCAAAUCUGGGACAACAUCAAACGUUAAGAUCAGCGAUGUGACAUUUGAGAAUAUUCAUGGAACUUCAGCAACGCCCACCAUUGUUAAGCUCGCAUGCAGCAAACACUUACCUUGUGAGAAUGUGAACGUUAACGGCGUUACUGUUACAUACAGCGGCAACUUAGGUCCGGCAAAAUCAGAGUGCACUAACGUUCAGGCUCACAUUACCGGCAGAACAGAGAGUCUCCGUGGAUGUUAAUCUUAAAACGGUCGCGUUAUCCAAUUUUUUCAUCAUAUUUUUUACUUUAUAAAAGAAUAAAGCUAAAACUAUGUGGCUAGAGAAUAUCAAUCUUUUGUAAUAUGCAUGCAUCUUUUUUCUUGUUGCAAGCAUAUAUAUUUAGAAAUUUUAUUCAUUCUUGUAAUAAUCAUCAAAUAAUUUAUACAAUUCAAUAAUUUUUUUUUA